GCAGAAAGAUGCCUGGGCGCAUGGGUGGCAAGCAACGGACAGUUAAGAAUGUUUGGGUUUACAAAAUAGACCCAACAAGGAACUUGAUGUGGGUGAGAGGCCAAGUUCUAGGAGCUGAAGGAAACUUUGUGUUUAUAAAAGAUGCUGUUUACAAAAAACCAGAUAUUUCGAUGCUUCCAUUUCCUACAUAUUUUGCCCCAGAAGAUGAGAACAUAGAAGAGUUGGAACCUCUGGUUGCUGAUCUCGGGGAAGUAGAUUCGUUUAUGGUAGCAGAUUAAUCAGAGCUGGGUCUGGGAAUUCCCCAAAA